AUUGCGCUGCGCAAUGAGAUUCACAGGACUGUGCAGAGCAUGCGAUGAGUCUCGAUUCUAAUUGUACGAUGACUUCAGUUGGCCCGCAGCUUCUACCGAUCGCUUUCAAUGCCGAGGUCGCCAACUCGGGAGACUCCGUGUCCGUACCUUGCUCGAUCUUGAAAGGCGAUAUGCCUAUGGAUAUAUCGUGGGCGUUCAACGGCGUGCCGAUCGACACGUCCAAAGAUGCUAGUAUCACUAUCACGAGAAUCAGCAAACACCUGAGCACCCUUAGCAUCGACGGCGUCUCUGCAAGACACGCCGGAGAGUACGCCUGCUCCGCAUCGAAUCUCGCCGGGUCCGUCAGUCGAUCGGCAACCUUAACGGUGAACGGUACGAUUUCCUCUUCGACCUUUGCCACCCAUUUUCCCUCCCCUCUCUAUUCUCCCCAUCUCACCUUUCACGCCUACCUUCCCGGUUCCUAAACCCCUCCUGUCAUCCACCGCAACCUUUCUCUCCUAUCGCGCAUCAGUGUCAUCUUCACCGCCAUACCAACCCCACCGCCGUCGUCGUCGUCGUCAACGUCGUCGUCGUCGUCGUCGAAACACUCAGGCCCGAUGGCAAAAGCGUUGCUCGCGAAUCGACACUCGUUCCUCCUCGUAUCGACUCUUCCAGUCGUCUUUUCCAGUUGCCCCGCAAAUACUACUCUUCACUUUUGGCGACGAGCCCGCUAGCUGGGGCGAGCUAGUCUCCGUAACUUGU